AGUAUUAGUAUAGUUCAGUGAUCUUCAAUGAUCUCCAAUCACUACUUGCUUUAAACGUAGCGAUGGACGCGAUUACAUUUCACAAGCGUAAUUUUCAACAUAAUUCUCGACCACGACAACAUAACAUUACUGAAGUGAGUAAAUGCUUUGUUAACUAAGAGCAAAAAGCCUGGCAAAAGUAAAUAACGAUAACCGUCGUGAGGAUCAGAGAGAUCAGACCCGUUUCUAACCUUCUUGACAGAAGCAUAUAUUGUUUAUCAAAGCUCACGAUACGUGAAUAACCGUCUCGUAUCCUUUCUCGAACAGUAAUUGUUGAAAUUAAUAUUUACAAAAUGGAACCAGCAGAUCUAGACUUUGUUUACGACGAUGCAGACACACAUGCCAAUGAAAUUGGCGAAUUGUAUAGCUACACUGAACAUUAUGAAUUCAAUGCUAAUCUUACAGCUUUCGAAGAGCAAAUGGAAUGGUAUAAAUUACGACCAUGGUGGCAAAAUUUGACAGAAAUUCAACAGAAAUCAGUGAUUCAGAAAUUGUUAGAUCAACUAGAGGUUUCCAAUAAGCAGCUGCGAAUGAAGGCAGCAAGGUGUAUCUUAUAUUUAGCACAAGGUUGCUGGGCUGAGGUACAGUCUGAUAAGGAGCAACGAGACUGGACUAGAACAAAUGUAAUGUUAUUGUAUGAAGCUGGAAUUUUUCCAGCAUUUGUUGAACUUCUUAAUAUUGAAAUUGAGAACAGUACAACAGCUACGUCUGCAAUGAGAAAAAUUGCUGUUAGUCUUGAUGAUUCUAUCGAUUUAAGAGUAAUAUUAUCUGUUUUAUACAUAAUAACAGAAGUAAUGAGAGAAGAGAUGAAGGAUUUAGAAAACAGUAUUUAUAAGGAUAAUAUUGAAUGUUUUAAGGAAGAACUAAUAAAUCCAUACGGUGAAGAGUUGCUUAUAGUUAAACUCCUCGGUAUGGUCACAUGCUUUUGCAGUGGGUCAGCACCACACUUUCCUAUGAAAAAAGUUCUUUUACUCCUGUGGAAGUUGAUCUUAGUAUCCCUUGGUGGUAUAGAUACAUUGAGGAAAUUAAAGAAACAAUAUCGCGAAGAAGCUGGUCUUAGUAAUCUACAAGAAGAUACCAUUGAAGUUGCCAAGACUAUGAGACCUAGCUCUCCUCCUGUCAAUGCAGCAGAUUUAAUUGAAACUCAAAAUACGAGAAAAAAUAAUAAAUACCGUAGACAAUAUCUAUUGAAACAAAGUUCAUUGGAUGAGCCACUCUUGGGUAUGGAAUACGAUAGUGGAGAAAUGGGAAAUAAUACUACAAAUAACGAAGCAGAAGUAGAAAUAAAUGUAUUCACAGACCCAACUGGCUGGAAUCAAACUUGUUAUGAAGAUCAAAAUAAUGAAAUACAAAUAAGGCCUAGUACUCCACAGCAUACUAGAGGAAAAAGUUUACCAUGGAUGCCAAAGGUAAGACAACAAGAUGUGGACACUUUCCUUGAUGUAUCGAGACUAAAAUUUAUUGGUUACAAAUUACAAGGAGAUAGAGAAAGUUUAGCAGGUUUACCGCAACCAAUACAUGAAGGCGUAAAUACGCUUAAACGACAUAUGUACACAUCUUUAGCCGAGGUCCAAAUACAAAAAGAGGAAGAAAUAGCUAGAAAUCCUAUGAGCACUCCAGAACCGCCAAUUCGUCAGACACCUACAGAAAUUUUAUAUCAAGCUAUACUACCGAACCUUCCGCAAUACAUGAUUGCCUUAUUAAAAAUUUUACUCGCAGCUGCUCCCACCAGUAAAGCCAAGACAGACAGUACGAACAUUAUGGCCGAUGUUCUACCAGGACAAAUGCCGAUGACAGUUUUUCAGUCUACGAAACUUGGAAUUGAUGUAAACAGACACAAAGAAAUCAUUGUUAAAGCAGUCUCUGCAAUUCUGCUUUUGUUGCUGAAGCAUUUCAAGUUGAAUCACAUAUAUCAGUUCGAAUUUAUGUCACAGCAUUUAGUAUUUGCUAACUGCAUACCAUUGGUUUUGAAAUUUAUAAAUCAGAAUAUUGUAGCUUAUAUUGAAGCUAAACAUUUUAUUCCUAUACUGGACUUUCCUAUAUGUGUUAUCGGCGACCGCAUUGAGUUGACCAUAGAAAACCUUAAAAUUGGGGACAGUCCAACGUAUUCUUGGAGAAAUGUUUUUUCUUGCAUUAAUUUAUUACGUAUUCUUAACAAAUUAACCAAAUGGAAGCAUAGCAGAAUUAUGAUGUUGGUAGUGUUUAAAUCGGCACCUAUAUUAAAGCGUACGUUAAAAAUUAGACAAGCAAUGAUGCAACUUUAUGUUUUAAAAUUACUAAAAAUGCAAACCAAAUACUUGGGACGACAGUGGCGGAAAACAAAUAUGAAAACAAUCAGUGUAAUUUAUGCGAAAGUCAGACAUCGUUUGAACGAUGAUUGGGCUUAUGGAAAUGAUCUAGAAGCACGUCCAUGGGAUUUCCAAGUGGAAGAGUGCGAGUUACGCACAUGCGUUGAUCAAUUUAACAAUCGACGAUAUUCUAAUGCUCCUAAAGACAAAGAAAUGGAACCUGUUGACACAUCUGUCAUAUCAGUACUAGGGGUAAACAUUGAAUUAAGCGAAGAAUUCAAGCAACAUUACGAAUUAUGGUUGCAGCAAGAAGUAUUUCAGAGAAGUAUUAACUGGGACGAAUUGUUAGAUCCUGGAUCCUGUGAAAUUUAAACUUUUAAUAAGUGUAACAUAUAUUAAAAUUGUAUUUUCGUCAGCUCAUAGACCUGGAUCAAAUUUUGACGCUUUUACACGCUAUUGUGAGGUGAUAAAAAAAAAGAGAAAGAAACAUUGUCAUAUCGAUACAUCAAAAACUGAAUUUGCAUUUGGUUCAUAUGCACCGAACUGUGAAUGGUCCUAAUCUAGCAGACGUUAAAGAAAAUACUAGUGAACUUAAAAAUGACUGUUUACAAAAUAACGUGUAAUUUUCUACCUUUAUUUGUGUGUAUUUAAUUUGUGCAAUGUGUAUUGCUUGUAGCAAUAUUUUACUAUUACAUAGCGGUAAGUGGAUAUAUAAUCGUCUCUUAUGUAUUUAUGAAAGACUAGGAUAAAUUUAUUCAAAUAUAUCAUUCAUACUAUUCGCACUUUA